UGUCCUAUGCCACCCCUUUAAAAAAACGUUGUCCCACCAUAAUUAUUCCACAACCUUUGAAAGCAACUUUAGACCCCACUAAUAGUAAGCACGUAGCCAAUCUUAACCCCUCAUACUUCUUACCCUUACGUGUAUACUUUCUAUUCCUCCCAAAAUACCUUCAUAUUACCCAAUUAAAACAAACAAAAUAAAACAACCUAAUACAAUCUAGCUUCACUACAUUCUUCUAAAAAUAAAGAUUCCUCUUUUUUGUUUUUGGCUUUGUUUUCUCAAGCUCUCCUCUAAAUGAUGGCUUCUAUGGCCUCGACGCGUGUGGUGCACUGCGAGCUGCAGACGCCGAGGCAGGCCCCAGUAAGGUUGGGGCUUGACUCGACGAGCAGUCCUGACCAGGCAAAGAUUGUUCUACAACCACGGUUGUGUACCCUUAGAUCGUAUGCUUCUGACCGAGGUAGCGGGGUGAUCAAGACGAUUGUCACUAAAUCGAAGGACGCUAGUGGUGGUUUUGGUGUUGAUGGGAUUGACCAAGGGGAGGAGGAGUUGUUGUCUCCGUUUUUGGCGAAUUUGUAUGAGUAUAUUGAAAGUAGUAAGAAGAGUCAAGACUUUGAGAUCAUCACCGGUCGACUUGCUAUGAUAGUGUUUGCUGCAACAAUUGGUGUUGAGUUAGCAACAGGCAACUCAGUCUUCAAGAAAAUGGACGUGGAAGGGAUAACUGAAGGCUUAGGGGCGUGUAUGGCAGCAGUGGGUUGCGCAGCGGCUUUUGCUUAUUCCUACAAUGCGCGGAAGAGGGUAGGCCGUAUCUUCAGCAUCAGCUGCAACGCCUUCAUCGAUGCUCUUAUAGACAACAUCAUCGAUGGCUUGUUCUAUGAGAACGAUGAAGUUGAACAAUCCAAUGACAACAACCUAUGAACAAAGAAUGUGCAAUGAGCCUCAAGUUUUUUUUUUGACGAAUAUCAAUCAUAGCUAUAUAAGAAUAUGUUACUUUAAAUGUAUGUAUAGUCGUAUAUAGAUUUAUACAAUUAUACGUGUAAGUAACUAGUAUGAAUGUAUAUAUAGGAAUCAUACCUAGUAUAGUAUAGUUAUAUACGUAGUAGAACCGUCUAGUCCGUCUUAUAUAUAAAGAGUAGUAAAUAUGUGGAUUAUAGUUGACCAAAAUAUAAAAGUUACUAAGUUAGGAAUGUGAUGUAAGUGUAAUGUAAUGUAUAUAUGUAAUAUGUGUUAGAAGUCUAUAAUCAUGAACUUCUAUAUUUCAUACAAA